AUGCCUGCCGUCGUCCCUCUACUCCCGCUUAGCACCGGCCUCCCGGCCUACAAACACUACGAACCCCAAUACAACCUCGACGACCUGGUUCGGGAUAUCAAGACAUAUCUAGGAGAAAGUGGCGGUAUCUCCUCGGCAGAUGUGGAUAACGAGUACUUGAUCUCGCUGGCACAAAAGUAUAUCUCUGAUCCGAACGACUGGGCCCGUUAUUUCUACAACGAUACCAGCAAAAACUACACCCGCAAUGCUAUUGAGAAUAUCAACCAGAAAGCAAAUAUCCUCCUCCUCGUCUGGAAUCCCGGGAAAGGCUCUCCCGUCCACGAUCACGCCAAUGCCCACUGCAUCAUGAAGAUCCUUGCUGGCACGCUUCAGGAAACCGUUUACCGUAUUCCUGACCAGGAGUCAGGUCCUCCUGGUCCGCUGGAGAUCAAGUCUGACACGAGGCAUACCAUGAACGACGUGGCCUAUAUCUCUGACGAUAUCGGGUUACAUCGUGUAUACAACCCCAGCAGUGAUCAGGUUGCUGUCUCUCUUCACUUAUAUACCCCACCUAAUGCCGCCGAUUAUGGGUAUAAUGUCUACAACGAAGCCACGGGCAAGGCAUGCUUUGUACCGCAGGCUAAAUCUGUUCCUCAGAAAGAAUGA